AUGCGGUUGUGGUGGAUACUGGCGGCCUUUCUCCGAAACGCGGCGGCUGACAACAUCAGCUACGCACAGUAUUUUGGAAGUGGAUGUGUCUCAGGUGAGCGUGAGUUCGAAUGCGAAGUGUCGGGAGAUACUUUGUGCUGCCAGCACGAAUCGCAGACUCAUGGCUGGUACUGCCAAGGCUCUUUCGUGAACCGAAAAGAUUAUCCAGCUGGUCAGGAUUGCUCUGGAACACCAAGCCAGGAAAUUGUCGGCUUUUUGAGCGAUACUACCAAUAUCGGGCACAUCAACGCUGGUGAGUGCAUCGACUACGGCAACACAAUGUCCUUCAAGUUCUCACUUGUUCCGUCCUCUGCAGUUCCCUGCAGCGCUGCAUUAACCAAUGGGGCAGAAAGGCUCAUACUGGGCUUCGCAGCUUUGCUGCCUUUGCUGGCAUUGGCCCUCUAG